UCUUUAAUGAAUUAAGGGUUCAAAAUUGUUUCCUCUGAGAAGAAUCCGCGGGAAAUGUCGACUUUAGCAGCACUUAAUGCUUCAACAAUCCGGUUGUUAGGGGGCACUCAAGUGAUCACUUCAGUAUUUAGUGUUGUAAAAGAAUUGAUAGAAAAUGCACUUGAUGCUGGUGCAUCAACUAUUGAUAUUAGACUGGAAAAUUAUGGGUUGGAUAAAGUUGAAGUGAGGGAUAAUGGAAUUGGUAUACCCACCCAGAAUGUUCCAUUUGUUGCGAAGAGAUACCAUACAUCAAAAAUAGAAUCUUUCAGUGACAUUCAGCAUUUACAAACAUAUGGGUUUAGAGGAGAGGCUUUGGGUUCAUUAUGUACAGUGUCAACAUUGUCUAUUACAACCAAAACUGGUGAAGAUGAGGUCAGUUUAUCAUAUGCCUUCAACAAUCAGGGGCAGAUAAUAUCAUCACAUCCUUCUCAUUUGACACAAGGAACCACAGUAACAGCUACUGGUCUGUUCAAAAACAUUCCAGUGAGACGGCAGUUCUACAAUACAAAUAAGAAGAAGAAAGAAGAAAUUAAAAGGAUUGAAGAUUUGCUAGUAGCUUUCAGUAUUAUACUCCCUAAAGUGCGCUUCACCUUAAAUCAUGACAAGGAAAGAUUAUUUCAAAAAAAUGGAUGCCCUGAUAUACGAACAGCAAUGCUUAGCAUUCUAGGUAGAAAUGUUCUGAAUUGCUUAGUUCAAAAGACAGUACAGUUAGAAGACUCGAAGAUAAAUAUAGACAUGUUUUUACCUAAUCCAGCUAGUGAUGUAUUAAUUACGAGUAAGUCUGAUAACUCCAGAUGUAUUUGUGCAAUCAAUAGAAGACCAGUUCAUUUGAAAGAUAUGGAAAAGCUGAUCAGACAGCACUAUGUUUCACACAAGAAGACAGAUAACCACCGUCAUCCUAUUUACUUCUUAUCUGUUACCUUGGAAACUGAUCAGAUUGAUGUUAAUGUUGAUCCUAACAAGACAAUAGUCUUACUUCACCAAAAGGCAGAAAUAACAAAAGGGUUGAUAUCUGUAUUGGAAGAACUAUAUGGUAGCAUAUCUAAAUCGAUUGAUGACACAACAACUAACCAUGAUAAUUCUUAUACUGACAGUAACAAAGGAGAUAUGUCAUCAGAUUUUGACGACUCACUUGUUGUAAUUCCAGUUACUAGUAAACAACCAAAUAUUCCUGUUGUCAAAAUUUCUACAGAUAAUAAAAAUAUAGUACUAACAAAACAUGACCUACCAGAAACCAUUUCUGAAAAACUUGAGCAAGGGAUAGAAAAUAAUGUCUCAAACACAAUUUAUAAUGAUGAUUUGGAAAAAGAGGAAAACAUUUCAUUAACUCAAUUAGGCAAACCAGUUUUCCAGGUAGUUGAGGAGUCUUUAGACGACUGGAUUAAUGAAAAGAAUGACAAUGUCAGUUCUACUAAAUCAAAACAAACUGAAAGAAAUGUAGCAGACAUUGAAAAUACACCAACCAAUAUUAUUCAGAAUAUUGAGAAAGGGCAGGACCCUGGUACUUCCAAUAAACAUUUGAAUAAGUUAAGUGUCAAUCAGAUUCCCAGUAACAUUCAUUUUGAGUCUAAUCCUAAGCUAUGUGAUAUAUAUAGUGAUAUAGUAUCAACAUGGAAAGAUUCCCCUUCGGAAGAUGGACCAGAAAUACCAGUUAAACUUCCUGAAGUCCAAUGUGAAUCUACAUGCCUAUCAGAUAACCAAAACAGUUGUCAAAAAGGUCAGAAUAAAGGUAUUGGAGUUGAUGUUGUUACUAAUGAUAUUAAUGAGGAAAAUCUUUGUCAAACAAGAGGAAAUGAGACAACAUCAGGUAGUGCUGACAUGUGGAGUAGAGGAAAGUCAUUAACCAAUGAUUCAACAGACAUUCAGCCAGUUACCAUUUUACCAGGAAAAAGAUUGAUGUCUUUGUCAGAAGGUGAUGAGGGUCCUCCUUUGAAGAAAAGACUAGUGAUACCACAGGAGGAAGGGCAAAGAAGAUUAUCAGACAUACUAUCCAGUCAGCCUGUUAAACAUCCCCAGACAGCAUUUAUACUGUAUUGUAAAGACAAUAGAAGUCGAGUCAUUGCUGAGAAUCCUCUGGCAGAUUAUGACAAGGUUACCAGAAUACUGGAAAACAGAUGGGAAGAUUUACCUGAUGAAGACAAGGAUAAAUACUUCCAAAAAAAAUCACCUGUUAAAACAAAGAUUAAAAGAACCAGUAUUGGAUCUGAGAAGGAAAGAAAUCUUUGUAGUAAAAUGAAGCAACAAAAUAAGUCAUCAAAGUCAUGGACAACUAUAAAGGAUCAGUUACUGAAACAGAAGAUAUCAUCAGCUUUACAGAAAACAAAGAAUGUUUCAUUUAGUCUACAGAAUCUCAAAACAGUCUUCUCACAGAAAAUGUUUGCAAGCCAGUCACAGAAUUCAUCACAUGUUAAUUUGAUUGGACCCUUAAAGACUUGUGGUGUCUGGAUUGGUUGCCAUGGCAAUUGUCUUAAGUUCAUCAAUCCACAUCGUAUACAGGAGACAAUCCUGUACCACAAUUUGAUGGCGAACCAUGUAGUACAGACUGAAAAAUUAGAACAACCUAUGUUGCUCACAAAAAAUCAUUUAGGAGAGACAUUAUGGACAACUUUAACAUCACUUGCAGAUCAGAUGUGUAGCAGUGGUAUAUAUAAUGUUAUACAGGAUAAACGCUUAACAGCAAAUGGCAUAGGGAUCACGUUCCACAGAGAGGAAGGAGAGUUUACAGCUAAAAUAACAGAACUGAGUAGAUGCAUUCCAGUGUAUGGUCAAGCUGAUGUGAAAGAAGUAUUGCAGCUUAUAUCUACAACAAAAGCAAUCACCGUUGCUGAAGCAAGACCUCUUAAAGUGCUAAAUUACUUACAGGGAGAAGCUGUGCGAAUGGCAAGACAAUUACCACGUCAACUGUCCAGAGAUGAUAUGAUUGAUAUACUUAUUCAGAGAGAGACUAUGUUACCAUUAAAAUGUGAAAACUGUUUGCAUAACAAACCAUUUUAUCAUACUGUGUAUUCAAUAAAUGAUAUACCUCUGACACAAUCUCAGACAUAAUAAAAUUUUAUUCUCUA